UAUCCGACAACAUGGAGGACGAGGUGGAUGUUGACAUCGAGGGAGACGAAUUUGACAACAGUAUUCGUGAGCUGGACGGAGGAGGUCUAGUCCCGGAGCAGUUCAUCCAGUCUGGGUGGAAGAGAAGCGCGGGGAUACUGCCAUGGCAGCUGGACAGCUCCAUCAGCCCGGAGAACAGGGAGGUGAUCGAGAGGAUGCUGCUGGAGGAACAAUACUACCUGACAGGUGAGGGGAUUCCGGACCACAUUUGGGAAAGUGAUGCAGACAACAAGCCCAAAGUGAAGAAGUCUCCGGCCAAGACGUCGGCCUCGGGUUCCGGCUCCUCCACUCGCUGGUCCAAACAGGAGAAAGACCUGUUUGAGGAAGGACUGGCUCAGUUUGGUCGAAGGUGGACUAAGAUUGCCAAGUUGGUCGGCAGCCGUUCCAUUUUUCAGGUCAAGAGUUAUGCCCGACAGUAUUUCAAACACAAGACUACAUCAGAACCCAGAGCUGCAGCUCCCUCUGCUGGUCCCGAGCCACACUUACUGCCUCCUCAGCCCACCUCCAGUCAGGCGUCCGCUCUGACAAACACUGUCCGCAUAGAGAAGCUCUCUGAUGAAGAGGACGAGGAGGUGGACAUCACCGAUGAUCUGAGCGACGACGGGCCGCCGGCUGAGCUCAGAACUGACCUCUGUGAGCCGGAGCGUGAUGUCCAGACGGACACAGAGGAGCAGGAAGAGCCAGGUCUGCCUGAGACAAAGGACCGACUCGGCCACACCUCGCUGCCUCCGCAAACUCCUCGACCCUCGUCUUCCCUCCCUUCCUCGGAGAAGACCGUUGUGACUGGGCUGGACGAGAGAGAGCCACCCCCUCCAAAAAACCCUCAGACGGCAGCUCAGAAAGACUCGGAGCAGAUGACGGAUGACAACGAAGAAGUCUCCCAGUCUGAGAGCCCAGCACAGACUGGUCAACUGGAGGAGGCCAGUAGUGACGACACAGAUUGUGCUGAUAGGACUGAGCAGAGUCCAGCUGAUGGGCCAGAAGAAGACCAGGAGGAGGAGGAGGAAGAGGAGGAGGAUGAGGAGGACGAAGAGGAGGAGCUCAAGGUGCCUGAGCAGGAAAUAGAGAUGGACAUGGAGACCAUCACUGAGGAGGAGAAACAAGCUAUCCCAGAGUUCUUUGAGGGACGACCGUCCAAGACCCCUGAAAGAUACCUUAAGAUCCGAAACUACAUCCUGGAUCAGUGGUUGAGGAGCAAGCCCAGGUACCUGAACAAGACGUCAGUCCGCCCUGGACUGAAGAACUGCGGAGACGUCAACUGCAUCGGGAGAAUACACACCUACCUGGAGCUCAUCGGAGCCAUCAACUUCAACUGCGAGCAAGCGGUCUACAAUCGCCCAAAGGUGGUGGACCGCUCCAAGCACAAGGAGGGCAGAGAUGUCAUUGAGGCCUACCAGCUCGCCCAGAGACUGCAGAGCAUGCGGACCAGGAAGCGGCGCGUGCGGGACACGUGGGGAAACUGGUGCGACUCUAAAGAUUUGGAGGGACAGACGUACGAGCAUCUCAGUGCGGAGGAACUCGCCCUGCGGAGAGAAGAGAUGAAGAGGCAGCCUAAACCCUGCAAGGUCUCACGGUUCAGAGGGUCUUUUGAUCCCUUCCAGUUGAUUCCCUGCAGGUCUUUUGGAGAGGAUGUGCAGGAACCAUUCCAGGUUAUUGUGUGUGCAGAGACUCUUCUCAUAAUGGACAUGCAUGCCCACGUGUCGCGGGGGGAAGUCAUCGGCCUGCUCGGUGGAACCUUCAACGAGGAGCAGAGAGUGUUAAAGAUCUGUGCAGCAGAGCCGUGCAACAGUGUGAGCACGGGUCUGCAGUGUGAGAUGGACCCGCUGUCUCAGACGCAGGCCUGCGACGUGCUGUCGUCUCUGGGCCUCAGCGUGGUGGGCUGGUACCACUCGCACCCGACCUUCCACCCAAACCCUUCAGUACGGGACAUAAACACGCAGGACCAGUUCCAGAGUUACUUCUCUCGUGGCGGAGCCCCCUUCAUCGGGAUGAUCGUGAGCCCGUACGACCCGGCCAACCCCUCCCCCCACUCCCAAACUACCUGCUUGUUGGUGAAAGAGAGCCAGGAGCCUUCAGGCCCUCAGAAGCUGCCCUAUAGAUUCGACUUCCUGUCAUCACAAGACAUUCCAGACUGGGAACAGACGCUGAGGAGAGCUCAGUGGAUCAUCUACAAAUACUGUCAAUCAGCCGGGAGUGUGCCGAUGGAGAGAUUUUUCCGGAAAGACUCCCAUCUCACCUGUCUGGAGAAGAUGCUGUCGUCUCUGGCCAGGUACAUGGAGCCCCUGCCAGAUGAGGAGGGAGACCCCUUCCUCACCCGGAUCCAGGCCCUUUUCCAGGCCGACUUCAUUGCCCAGGAGCAACCGUCUGACCAGGAAGAGGAAGAGUCUUUGAAUCCCUCACACAGACCGGUGGACCUGGAUGACUUUGCUUUUGACGAGCUGCUCAGUGAGGAGAAGCCUCCGGAGGGAGGAAGAGGAAGAGGAGGAGGAGGAGGCUCUGAUCCAGACUCUGGCAGAGCUUCAGACACCAGCGUACAAACCACAGACUCACAGUUUGAGACAAACAGCAGCACAGUUUUACAUCUGGGCUCUGUGUUGUCGAGUGAACACGACUAUUUACUGUGAUGGACGACGUAUCUCACCCUGCUUGUGCUUAAACAAUAUUUAAUGCAGCAAAAGCUUUACGAUAAGGUUUUGUAUCAGUAUUACCAACUUACUCAUUUAGUUUUUGGACAUUUUGUUAUUUUUUGUUCAAUGCUUUAACCAAAAAACUAGAAAGAAAGAGAAAGAUUUGUGUUAUUGGGGAGAAAAAGUUUCUCAGUUCUGCAGGUUUCUUUUAAACAGGAAAAUAAAAAUGGAUUUAUAUAUUUUGGCCUCUUGUUUUAUGUUAUAUUUGUGUAAUAGUUUGAUAACCCGAUACUUAGUUACAGUGCUUUUAAAUGCUGUCGUUUUUGACCAAAAUGUCUAAAAUAGAAGUCAGACCUUUGCCGUUUUCUUUUCCGUCAAAGGAAAAUGCUUAGCUUCUAUGGUAGUACGUUUAUUUUUGUUAAAAUUAUCUACCUGGAUUCAUCAUUAGUAGGUUGGCUUUUCUCUUUUAACGGUUCGAUCAUUUUCUCUGUGUUAUUGCAUUUGGCAUACAUUUUGGCAUGGGCGUAAGUUUUACCUCAUCACCUGAAUAAUAAGUCAAUGAUAAUAAAGUCUGUAGCCAAAACACAGAUGAUCAGACCCUAAAUGUCCCCAUUGAAACCUAUUAAAAAAAGGACAAACUUUAAUCCCAAAUCCAUUACAUCAUAAAAUCAUUUAUUCCAACAUAUCAGACUUUCAAUCUCGAGCCCUGGCUUCAAAGUUGCACUUUUUUCCACCAGAUUGAGUGCUGCUGUAUUUAGGAGCACUGCAGUGUUUCAUGCAUAAAAAGCGAAGUUGUUGCCAAUCAUUGACAUCCCAGGCUGAAAAAAAUAGCACAGAAAAU